AUGGAUUUUCUACAACUCACCAGUACUGAUAUUGCUAGUGCUAGCAAUAACAGUAGCAUUGGUUCGCCACAAUUGGUGAUCACAGCUCAUAUUAGUAGUAUGAUGGAACAACUCCAGAGUUUUAUGACUGCGCUUCAGCACGAAAAUUCAAAUUUCAUUCAAAUGCUUUUGGAACAUAUAAAAAAUUAUGUUGAAGAAUACUCUGAAUUGAGGGUGACCGACCCUAACCUCUUGAUGGAUGCACUGAAGCAAAAAACCAUCAAAGGCCUUGAGGAAACAUCAAAGAUUAUGAUAAAUGCUGGAUUUGAGAAAGAUUUUUCUGAUGUGUAA